AUGCCCACCACAUCCAACGCUGAUGGUGAUACCGCCAACGAAACGGUGGAUACAAAGACGAAAAAGGAGUACAAGAUCCACCCGUUCUACCGCUCUGGCAAUGUCCACUUUAUCACCACAGAUGAUGUGAUUUUCUCUUGCGACAUUGACCGCCUCGCUUCUGUUUUUGUGGAUGACAAGGUCCUGGGUAAGAAGGUGCUUGAAUUCAUCACCAACGACAGUUUCUUUGCGGAAGGGUUUCAUGGGUGGAUCAAUAGGCUUAGCGGUUCCUGGGGUCUGGCUGUGUACCAGGCAGUCUUCAAGAAGGAGCCAGACAUCGAGUGCAGUACUCGGUGUAACUGUGGUCGGCUACCUCCAUAUAUGAAGCCCCGGUGCUAUAUCAAUUAUGAUGGUUGGAAGCGGGAUCUUUCGGUAUCUCUGUUUGGCGACGUGAAGCUGUAA